UGCAGGUGGCAGAGUCCACCUUGGAAUGUUUUGCUACUCACGUGACAGGACAGCCGAGAAGAAGACAUGUUGACUUCCUGAUGUUUUAAAACUGUAACGAAGGCACAGACAGGUUACUGUCCUGAGACCAGCCCUGGAGAACAAGAAGGGAUCAGUGUAUGUGCUUGUCAUGUUAGUCGUUGGCUGACCUAUGAUAUAAUGGACGGCAUUGAAGUGGAAGCAAUGGCCAUGCAGUCAGACAGCUAUUCCAUCGGGGAUGCAGUGUCUGGCAGAGGACAGAAUGCGUCUAAUGAAGAAGACCUCUUCUACAUCCCUGAGAGAAGAACUUCUCUGGACCUGGGACCGACUCCAAUGGAUACCAUUGGCCUCUGGCAUUCUGUGGACCGGGCCUUUUCUCCAGCUCUGAGCUACAGAUCAAUGACAAGUGAGGAGAACUUAAGCAACAUGGAUGACGAAGAUGGAUCCUCCACGAGGGUCCAGCUGAACAGAGCAGAUUCAUACUCCAGCUGCUACUCCUUGGAGAGUGACGAUUGUGAAAAGGUUAAAAGCAAAGAUCACGCCGCCUCAGAGCUUUCUGACACACCUGAGUUAAUCCACGACCCAAAUGAGGUUCCGCAUCCUUCUCUGACAGUGGCAUUCACUUUCAAGGCUAUUUGUGAAACCCUUUCGAAGCUGUCCGAGGUGGACAUCAGGGGAUUCAAGAUGAUGCUGUGGAAGCGUUACCCAAAGUCAUUCAUCACUCCUCCCCAAGGCAUGGACUUGGUGGACCUUGUGGAUCGGUUGCUCGAGUGUUACAACCUGGAGGUUUCUUUGCAGAUCACCAAAACCCUUCUUGAGGAAAUUAAGCAAAAGUCGAUGGUUGAUUUCCUCCAGACUUUGUGCAUCAGAAAUGAAGUACGUCACGAUUUGAGCGAGACUCUGAAGAGGACAUACGGCGAAGUAUGUGAAAAUUCGGCCAUGCAGGGAGAGAAGAGGCCGUUUGACGAUGUCUUUACUGAUCUCUACAUAACGUCAACACAUAAUAAUGGCCCAAAUAUUGAACAUGAGGUCAUGACCAUAAAAAAGCUGGACAGCAACACGGAAGAAGGAAGACUGCUUUCUACUAAGGACAUGUUCACCGCUGAAGACCUGGAGCACUCAAGCGUAAAGCUCAUGCUAGUUAAAGGAGUGGCAGGGUCAGGGAAGUCUAUGGCAGUCAGAAGGUUAAUCCUCGAUUGGAUUGAAGGGCGCUCCCACCAACACGUGUCCUUCUUGUUUCCUUUGCCGUUCAGAGAACUCAAACAGUUUAAAGAUUCUCAGGUCUCUCUGUUGGAAAUAAUACUAAACACUCUACCCAGAAACAAAAAAACUGAGGGAUAAGGAUUAUAGAUGCGAUGACUGUAAAAUAAUGUU